GCAGUUUUGAUACUUGGAGGAAUUCCUUGGAUGUGGUUUACAAGUGGGAAAAUUUCUGGAUACUUUGGUUAUGGAAGAGAACAUGAGAUUACCCAAACAGUGGUUUUCUCACUUCUUGGAUCUAUAAUUAACAUAAUCCUGGAAAUACCUUGGAGCCUAUAUUUAACUUUUGUCAUUGAAGAAAGGCAUGGUUUCAAUAAGCAGACUGUAGGCUUUUUCUUCAAAGAUAAAGUCAAGAAGUUCAUUGUGAUGCAAGCUAUAUUGUUGCCUGUGAUUGCAUGUAUUGUGCAUAUUGUCAAGAUCGGAGGGGAUUACUUCUUUGUGAUUCUUUGGCUAUUCUGUGUUAUAAUUUCUCUGAUUAUCAUGACUGUUUAUGCUGAUUAUAUUGCUCCUAUGUUUGAUAAAUUCACUCCGUUGCCCGAGGGUGAGCUAAGAAGUAGAAUUGAGAAAUUGGCUGCAAGUAUCAAUUUUCCUUUGAAGAAAUUAUAUGUUGUUGAAGGAUCUAAACGGUCUGCACACAGCAAUGCUUAUUUCUAUGGGUUUUAUAAAAAUAAAAGAAUUGUUUUAUUUGACACCUUAUUGAAAGAUUAUACACCUUUGAAUAAAACUGAGGGUUCUGAAGAAGAAAAAGAAAAGAGUGUUGAAGAGAAAAAGAAAGAUGAGGCCACGCCAAAGACUGGAUGCAGUAAUGAUGAAGUUUUAGCAGUACUUGCCCAUGAACUUGGCCAUUGGAAACUGAAUCAUGUGAUGAAAAAUCUUGUCAUAUCUCAGGUUAACUUGUUUCUCUGCUUUGCUGUGUUUGCUUUGCUGUACAAGAAUGACACACUCUUUGCUGCAUUUGGCUUUUAUGACCAACAACCAGUUAUUGUUGGUCUUGUAGUGAUACUACAGUUUGUGUUUGCCCCAUAUAAUGAAAUCCUGUCUUUCUUGAUGACCGUUCUGUCAAGGCGAUUUGAAUUCCAAGCUGACACUUUUGCGAAGCUUCUAAACAAAGCAGCAGACUUGCGCAGCGCACUGAUCAAGCUGAAUCGGGACAACUUGGGUUUCCCUGUUCAUGACUGGCUGUACUCUGCAUGGCAUCAUUCCCACCCACCUCUGCUUCAAAGAAUCAGAGCGUUGGGGGAAAAUUGACUAACUUAAUAACUUGUUUGUCUGUAUCUGUGUUUUGUUCAAUAAAGUGUCUGUGAACUUUUAA